AUUUUUCUCAACAUAUUUUCUUCUUAAUCCAAUAAUCCAUUUGGGUAAAGUUGGUAUCUUCUUCACUAGUCAAGAGAAAUGAGAGCAUUUCAAUACGGUAACAGUUGUGGAGUGACCCAAACUCUGAAAUUACGAUUCUGCCCCUCUCUCUCUCCAUCUCCAUCUCCAUUUCUUCUUCUUCUUCCUCAUCCUCACACCCAAUUCCCAUCUCUCCAUUCCAAAUCCCAGAGACCCACCACCACCACCACCACCACCACUCCCCUAUUCUCAUCUGGUUCUCUAAUCAGAGCAGCAGCUUCCAUGGCGGCUUCCACAGAAACAGACACCAAACCCUUCUCCGUUCUCUUUGUGUGUUUGGGCAACAUUUGUCGAAGCCCAGCUGCCGAAGGGGUCUUCACCGAUUUGGUCAAGAAAAGGGGUUUGGAUUCCAAGUUCAAGAUUGACUCAGCCGGAACCAUUAAUUAUCACGAGGGUAACCCAGCAGACCCAAGAAUGAGGGCAUCCGCUAAAAGUCGUGGGAUUGUGAUAACUUCAUUGUCAAGGCCAAUCCGCUCCUCCGAUUUUGUAGACUUUGAUUUGAUUCUCGCCAUGGAUAACCAGAAUAGAGAUGAUAUUAUUGAAGCUUAUAAUAGGUGGAAAUUUAGAGACACUUUGCCUGAGGAUGCUCAUAAGAAGGUUAAGCUAAUGUGUUCUUAUUGUAAGCGACAUGACGAAACUGAAGUGCCAGAUCCUUAUUAUGGUGGACAACAAGGCUUUGAGAAGGUUUUGGAUUUACUCGAAGAUGCUUGUGAAUCAUUGCUUGAUAGCAUAUUGGCAGAGAACAAAAACAUCUAGGAAGAAAGAAAAUGAGGUAAAAUGGCAAUUGGUCACCAAGUCUGGCUUUGGUUCCUUCACUGUGAUCAUAUUGUAUGUUCCUAUUCUUGCUAAUAAUGAUUUAUAAACAUGCAUUAUUAUGUUGAUGUAAAAUAUUUGACUAUCUGAGGCAAUGUGAAGAGGAUUAUAUUUCUCUCAA